GCAACAACAAGUAGGCAUCGAUUUCUCUCUAAUUGAUAGAUUCUCUUUUUCUUUUUGCGAAUCUGAUUCUUUGAUUCAUAUGAUUGGGGUUUAAUGGUGUGUUUUAGCUCGAAGAAAUCUGGGAAAGGAACAUUGCUUUGGGUUUCAAGACUCCUUGUGAAGCCAUUGAAGUUAAACAGUAAUGACUCAAAUCAAUCUACCAUUUGAAGUUGGUCAAACUGUAGAAUUAAGAUCUUUUAUAUCGGGUUAUCGUGGUGCUUGGUUUCGAUGCAAGAUUCUGAAGAUAUCUCAGAAAAGGAGAGCAUUAUUCUAUGAUGUGGAGUAUCUUGAUUAUCCCGGAGAGAGUAUACAUACAACAAAAGUAUUUCAACAACUCGAAGGUGGGAGUGAGAAACACCUAAUGAUUCGACCUGUCUAUCCACGACAAUGUCAUGAAAAUGAAGUCCUUAACAAGGAGGGUGGUGGUCUAGAAGAAGCUGCUGUUGUUCAUGAUGAUUGGAAGGUUGGUGAUUUGGUUGAUUGGUGGGAAGCCUAUUGUUAUUGGUCUGGGACGGUUCUGGAAGUGAAAGAAAAUGGAUCAGUACAGAUUGAAUUGUUGGCUCCACCACAUGGCGAAGGGAGUAUCUAUGACGCCAUGUCUAAGGAUUUGCGACCAUCAUUGGAAUGGUCACUUGAAGAUGGUUGGACUGUACCUUUUUCUAAGGAUGGGGAGAAGAGGCAAUGUGCUAAGCUAAUGAAACAUUUGAAUGAAGAUCAAGUGAGUGAGGCCGAAUCAAUGGAAGAAGAAGAGCAGAGUGGAGCUGAACCUAGAGAGAAAGAAAAGCAGAGACCCACAGAGAAGUUGAAAAAAGAUGGAGCUCUUCGGUUGAACAUCAUGGAAUCAGAGUCUGUUGAAGCUGCUGUCUUGGACUUGGAAGAGCUGAUUGUUCGUUUCGAGUGGAUGAAAGGCAUUCUAGCUCCUGAUUCUUCAGAAAAAUCUUCCUGGAUAUACGAGCCUUACCGUCCAUCCUCCUCAAGAAUCUGACAGGUUUUGAACAUAUCACCUCUGGAUCGCAAUUUCGUACAGUCCUCGGGUGGAAUAUAUUGAGCUAAGAUGU